UCUUUCCCCCCCCUUCCAUUUGGAGCGGGAUGGAAGAGGGUGUCUGCAUUUGGUGAGCAUCUAUCGGCUGGAUCGGAGCAGGGUGGGGAAUUUUUUUUUUUUUAACAAUUGAUGUUGAUCGCAAGGAAUUUGUCGAUUUAACCAUUUCGUCGAGCAUCCGAGGCACUGAUAAGACGUUUGCGAGAGAAGAUGCCUCAUAGGUUAGGCGUCAGGUAGGGCGCAAUCUAAUUGCUCCAGCCCGAGAAAGCGAAGAUUUCCUUAAAAUUUUGGUCACUAUUUUUGAUUUUGUAUACCCUCCGGACUACAAGAUGAUACACUUGAAACACCAUACGGCUUCGAAAAACGGGCUGAUGCUAUAGCUGCUACUGUGGAUGGUACACACCUAAAGACCAAGUAGCUGCAGGAUGAAAACAUGGCUGCACCCCUUCUUCCUCCAGGACCUGAUAGCUUCAAGAAGUUUACUGUGGAAUCUUUGAAGACCCUUGAGCAGCGCAUCGCUGAGGAGAAGAACAGGAAGCCACCUAAACAGGACAGCAGCUACCGCGACGAUGAUGACGAGAACAAGCCCAGGCCCAACAGCGACCUGGAGGCUGGGAAGAGCCUGCCCUACAUCUAUGGGGACACCCCUAAAGGAAUGGUGGCGGUACCACUGGAGGAUCUGGACCCAUACUACCUGAAUACUCAGAAA